GGACACAGGCUGGUGAAUAAGCUAAUAGCAUGCGGUUCUGCAUGAGGGAGGGGGUGAUCUACCAGAAACGGAGGGUAAUCUGCCCUUAGAUGUCAUCUUUCCAGCAGCUCUGUAAGGCGAACACCAAACCAACAUGCGAGUGAAAAAAGGCUAGCGAGUUUUCUUGUUAAAAUGUUCCACAGUAAUGUCAACCACAAUAACAGUCUUUUGGAAUGGCUUGUGUAGGUGAGGGUUCUGUACUGCCAGGCCGUGGUGACACCCUCCUAUGUCCGCAGAAUGCUGCAGGGCAGCCAGCUGCUGUUCAGAGAGAUAUCUGGCACUGAUUCUAACCAGACUGUCACUCUCGGGUCAGCCCCUACAAUUUCUGCUGACCAGAUUGGCCUUCAUCAUGAGAUCAUGUCUUUCCAGAGAAAUCCCACUAAUGCCUUCAUUCUGUGAAAGUCGUAUAUAUAGAGGGAAGUUUUCUACACCUCCACUGUGCAGUCCAGCAAAGACUUCACUGUCACAAAGUGACUGCCCUGUCUCCUCUCCACCGCCAAACUUGCAGCAGCAGAGACCAUGGAUAUUACCAUUCAGCACCCCUGGUUCAAACGGGCUCUUGGACCUUUAAUUCCAAGCCGUUUGUUUGAUCAGUUUUUUGGAGAAGGUCUUUUUGAAUAUGAUCUCCUGCCUUUGCUUUCCUCGACCAUCAGCCCAUACUACAGGCAAUCUCUCUUCCGCACCGUUCUGGAGUCAGGUGUCUCUGAGGUAAGAUCUGACCGGGACAAGUUUACAAUCUUUUUGGAUGUAAAACAUUUCUCUCCUGAAGAUUUGAGUGUGAAGGUCAUUGAAGACUUUGUGGAAAUUCAUGGCAAACACAGUGAGAGACAGGAUGACCAUGGGUAUAUUUCCCGUGAAUUCCACCGUCGGUACCGCUUCCCAUCCAAUGUGGACCAAGCGGCCAUCACCUGCUCUCUCUCUGCUGAUGGCAUGCUGACCUUCUCGGCUCCCAAGGUCCAGUCCAACACUGACCCCAGCCACAGCGAGAGACCCAUCCCUGUAUCCCGUGAGGAGAAGCCAACCUCGGCUCCUUCUUCUUAGGCUGAACCUGCUGCUGCUGAAGAAGCAUCCAGGCUGUCACACUUCACUUGCAGGCCUCAUUCACAGAGCCAUUACAUAGAUAUCAGUGAAUAUCUAGAAGGGUUUCUCUCUCUUUCUCUUUUUUGUUCUAAUUUUUCUCUUUGAUGGAAUGAGAGGCUGGGUGAGCGGCUAGAGGACUUUGAAGCUGAAGCCUAAAACAUUGUGAUGACAUUGGAAGGCGAAAGGGUGCUGCAGCAGAUCUGACAUACUUGCUGAAAUGGUCUAGGAUGCUGUGCUAGUUUGGAUAAACAUCUGCCAAGCCCCAAACACAAGAGCUGGCCAGACAGCAGCAUUAGCUCUCAAUGCAUCAAUUGUUAAUGCUAAGUUUGGUGCAGCGAAAGCAACAGUACAGGCUUGUUCUACCCUAAAGUAAUUAAGAGCAAGCGAGAGCUAAGCUGAUUAGUGAGAGGGGAGAAGAAGAGGAAGAAAGAGUGGGUGGUACUUGUAACGAAUGUGCCAUGCACUUUUUAAAAGGAGGAAAAACCACAAAAAGUGUUUGGAAAGGGUUGUAACUUUUUUCUAGCAAAGUUGAAAGAGGGGGGGAAAGUACAUCCAUUUACAACAUCAACUGUCGUUUCCUCUGCUGGUGCAAGGACAAGCACAUCUCUCCAUGGUCUUUGCAGACCCACUCGGGGGUCCAUCACAAGUGCUGAGGCUUCAAAUCCCUACUGAGCUUUCCCCCAGGCCUGCGUGUUAUCACACCAUCUUCCUUAAUCUUGCUGUAAUUCUAACAUAGCUCCACCUCUUUUACUGAUGUCUGGCGCAAUCUGAGAACUCAGCCAGUGGCAGUCAAUAAAGAAAAUGUGAAACAAG